AUGAAGAAAUCCCUGUCGGCACAGGAGCGGAGCGGGGGGAGAAUCCCGCUAUGCUGCCAGCAGUACGGGGCAUGUGACACGGUUCAGGAAGGGGCCGUGGGCUGCUUAUUCAAAGAAGAAAUCUCCAGGCGGUUUAAAGCCAAACAGGAUCAGCUGGUUCUGAUCUUUGCGGGGAAGAUCCUGAAGGAUGGAGACACGUUGAGCCAACACGGGAUCAAAGAUGGACUGACUGUGCACUUGGUGAUUAAGACCCCACAGAAGGUUCCAGAUCCUUCAGCUGCUGCUGCCUCUGCUACUUCUGCUGCUGCCUCCACCCCUGUUGCAACACCUGCCUCUCCCGCUGCCCCAUCUCAGCCUUCCACGUCCAGCAGCGCCGGCUCCGAUGGGGGAGGUGGCAGCCGGCGGAGCAGUGGGUCGGGGACCACGGGGGGUGCUGGAAAUGGAGCACCCAGCAACCCUGCAUCCAUCCUCUCGGGUUUUGGAGGCAUCACUGGCCUCGGCAACCUCGGGAUGGGCUCUGCCAACUUCAUGGAGCUCCAGCAGCAGAUGCAACGGCAGCUGAUGUCUAACCCGGAGAUGCUAUCCCAGAUCAUGGAGAACCCCCUGGUGCAGAACAUGAUGUCUAAUCCUGACCUGAUGAGGCAGAUGAUCAUGGCCAAUCCCCAAAUGCAGCAGCUCAUGGAGAGGAACCCUGAGAUCAGCCACAUGCUGAACAACCCAGAGCUGAUGAGGCAGACGAUGGAGCUGGCUCGCAACCCCGCCAUGAUGCAGGAGAUGAUGCGGAACCAGGACCGAGCCCUGAGCAACCUUGAGAGCAUUCCAGGAGGAUACAAUGCCCUGCGCCGGAUGUACACAGACAUCCAGGAGCCCAUGUUCAGUGCAGCAAGGGAGCAGUUUGGCAACAAUCCUUUCUCCUCCUUGGCUGGAAACACUGAGAGCUCGAGCUCCCAGCCUUUACGGACGGAAAACAGAGAGCCUUUACCCAACCCUUGGAGCCCCAUACCACCUGCCUCACAAGCCCAGGUGCCCAGCAGUGAAGGGAGUGCUGGCUCCACGACCACCCAAAGCACACCGACUGUAUCCAACCCCUUUGGGAUCAAUGCCGCUAACCUGGGCACUGGAAUGUUUAACAGACCAGAGAUGCAGGGUCUCCUGCAGCAGAUAUCAGAGAACCCUCAGCUGAUGCAGAACAUCAUCUCUGCCCCUUACAUGCGCAGUAUGAUGCAGACACUUGCCCAGAACCCCGACUUCGCAGCACAGAUCAUGGUAAAUGUCCCCCUCUUUGCUGGGAAUCCACAGCUUCAGGAACAGCUCCGGCUUCAGCUCCCUGUCUUUCUGCAGCAGAUGCAGAAUCCCGAUUCCCUCUCGAUCCUUACCAACCCCCGCGCCAUGCAGGCUCUCCUCCAGAUCCAGCAGGGGCUCCAGACUUUGCAGACGGAGGCUCCAGGCCUGGUGCCGAGCCUCAGCUCCUUUGGAAUGCCCCGGAUCCCCCCACCCACCACGGGAGGAAGCACAAUCCCAGAAAACCCGGUCUCCUCCACUUCAACACCUGCCAGUGCCUCUCCAUCUGGGGGCAGUAACCCCCAACAGCAGCUCAUGCAGCAGAUGAUCCAGCUGCUGGCCGGGGGAAACUCUCAAGCGCAGAGUCCUGAAGUGCGAUUUCAACAGCAGCUGGAGCAGCUGAACGCCAUGGGCUUCAUCAACCGUGAGGCCAACCUCCAGGCCCUCAUCGCCACUGGUGGAGACAUCAAUGCGGCUAUUGAGAGACUGCUGGGCUCCCAGCCUUCCUAAACUCAGCGGCGCUGUCCCACCGAUGCACCCACACAUACCCGCACGCACAGGGGGAUCUUUCAAGGCAACCCACCGUCAUUGUCAUGCCCUCUGACAGCUGUCCAUGUAUUUAAAACACAAAGAGAGAUGCAGCUUAGCCCUGACAUUCCUCCUAAGUUAAGAUUUCAUGUUGAAAUGUUCUUUAACUGGCUUGUACGUGGAUUCCAGUUCUCAUCAAGUGGCCACAGAGAGUUCAGAUGUGUAUUUUUCUUAAAUAUGCCCUGUCUCAGACACUCUUCUCUCUCUCUAGAUGGUAGAGGCGAUUUACUUCUAGUGACUUACCUGAAUGAUUGUGUUUUGAGUAGCUUGAUUUUUAACUGUACAUUCUUCCCUCCCUACCCAUUCUUCAGGCAAAUAUUUAAACUUAAGCAAAGUUUGUUCCCCCUCCCCCUCCCCACCCCCAGCAUCUUAUCAGGAACGGAUCAAAAGAGAAAUUGAAGUGACUUGCAGUUGCUGAUGUAAUUUGUCUUCGUCCUUCCAUCUGAAACUCUGAGCCUGGAGUUCCUUUUACGCUGAGGCCCCUUCCGCUUCUCUCUAGCGGCUUUUAGAGUAGAUUGCACUGGUUUUCUGGCCCCUUUUCUGCUGAGUGAGUGGUGUGAAGGAGCCUUGAUGUAGUUGAGAACCAAGGUCACCUUGGCCUCAGAAUUGAGCCCUAGUUUGGGCAGAUAUUGGAGAAGCGGCGAGGGGCCUGAGCAGUGUGGGUCUCCUGUGCCACUGUGGGGCGGGGGGUGAGGGGCAGAGGCUCUGGCCCUUGUGGGUGCUGUGACCUGGGAAUUUUUUUUUCCUUUUGAAAGUUUUUAAAAACACAACACAACUGAACAAGGAUCUCUCUCCCUGCUGGAAGUGUUGGGAGUCCUCCUCCCUCUUUGUACAAGCCCUCCUUCUCUCCUCUGGGGGCACGCAGACUUCCCCCCCCACCCUGUGACCAGUGGGGCAGUUUCCCGCCUCUGCGGUGAUGUAAUUUGCAUACCAUUUUUAUCAAAAAAAAGAAGAAAAAAAAAGGAAAUAAAUACGCACAACCAUC